AUAACCACUACGUCUACCAUACCCCCGUCUCCGACUUCCAUCGACCGGGCAGGCCAGACCUUCCUGCUGCUACGCUACCAAAAUGUUUCGACCAGAAAAACAUGGACUUGAGAGCGAUUUUCAACUUACCAAUUUCUCCACCCUCCGAGGAUGAGGCUGUAAAAUCCCCCAGGAUGUACUCACAAAGUACCUAAGGGGAACCGAAAUAGUUCAAUCCAACGCAAAUGAAAAUGAGCACCACAUUGGCGCUGGAAUGGAUUGUGCCGUUGUACCACUCAAACGGCACGGAGGAGGAGAAUAUUUGCUAGCACAAACUGUCGACUUCUUUUAUCCAUUGGUAAAUGAUCCGGAGGUAUUGGGAAGCAUCACGCUUGCCAAUGUCUUGAGUGAUUUAUACGCCGUUGGUGUGACAGAAAUUGACUCGCUGGAGAUGAUAAUAAGUGUAUCAACGGAGUUUACGAACAACCAACGUGAUAUUGUUACAUCAUUAAUCAUACAAGGGUUCCGAAAAGCAUUGGCCACAAACGGAUAUAACCAAAUUAACUUGAAGCUGAGGCAAUUGAAGCUAAAUCCUUGGUGCAUCAUUGGCGGCGUAGCGACUUCUGUCUGCCUAAAGGACGAAAUCAUAUUUCCAUCCAAUGGGCGACCGGGAGAUGCUCUGGUGCUUACAAAGCCACUGGGAACCCAGCUGGCGACAAAUGCACAUAUUUGGCAAGUUAAUCAGACUGAUAAGCACAAAAUCCUGCUAACGCAGUUCACAGAUAGCGAGAUACUCGAGACCUUUGAAAUGGCAGUGAAGUCGAUGUCGUAUUUGAACAAAAACGCUGCUCUCUUAAUGCACAAGUAUCAGGCGCACUGUGCCACAGAUGUGACGGGAUUUGGUUUACUUGGUCAUGCCUUGAACCUCGCCCAAUUCCAAAAGGAGAAAGUCUUAUUCAAGAUCAACAAAUUGCCAAUUAUCAAAAAUGUUGUGAAAUUUAGUACUCUAGUCGACCAAAGCACAAAAUUACUUGCUGGCAAAUCUGUAGAAACAUCUGGCGGUCUAUUAAUUUCCCUGCCGCCCGAGGCUGCAGACCAAUUUUGUUGCGAAUUCAAUGAAAUUACAAGGGGCGAACAAAAGGCAUUUAAAAUUGGUUACGCAGAAGCGGCAAAUGAGUCCGAUGCAGUGCUCGCAGAUAAUGUAGAAUACAUCGAAGUCAGUCUUUAAACUGGAUGAAAAGUAAUACAAUUAAUGGAUUAUUCAACCUAUGACGGAUAUUUCAUAAAGGCUUAAAGCUGGGAAAUAUUUGGAACUUUACAUAUUUAAAUGUGUAAAUCUGAUGAUUAGUUAAAUGUAUUCUUCGACUCUUCUUUAAAGAAAGAAACAAAAAACCAAAAAUUAAAUUCUUUAAAUUCUUUA